GUCGCCAAAGUGUGGCAGAAGAAAUGGUGGACGGAGGAGGCAGUUGGAGGACGCAAGGCCGGAGAGAUGCACAUGCCGCUCAUGCGCCUCAUCGACUCGUACCACCAGGGUGAUUUCAUCGCGUCCUAUGACUACACGUUGGCUUUCGACCAGACCGACCCCAAGCUGGCAGUUGCAGUGUUGAGGAAGCUCGGGUGCCAGCGCGCGGAGGUGGGCACCUCGCUGCCCCAGGGCGACCCGUGGUCCAUUAUAGCUAUGGUGGCGGUCCUACACCUGCCGAUCACCGCCAUCGUGGCGCGCUUCCCCGGGACGGAGCUCUCCUGCUUCGUGGACGACAGGUCGAGGAAGUCCAGCACAGCGCAGGAGCUGCUGGCAGUUGGUGAGCAGUGGAGGAGGUGGUCGCUCGUCUUGUGCCUCAAGGAGAAUGAGGCGAAGUCCCAGCACGCCCAACGGACGGCCGCGGGCAGGAAGCAGCUGCUCAGAGCAGGCGCGCCGGACACCACGGUGACGGUGAUGCUCGAAAAGAGUGCGCGCCUGCUGGUCUGCAGAAGGAUGAAGGAGGCGACGAUGGCGAGCAAGGCGCUGGCAGUCGCCGAGUACGGCUGGAUCGACAGCCAGAUGAACAAGAGGGACGAGACGCAGCUGCAGGCGGCGAUCGUGACGGCGAGGCAGGAGCCCAAAGCAGGGAGCCCCCACCUCUGGGCCAUCUUCUGUGGCCACCGGCUCAGUGUCAGGUGCCGCCUGCUGACGACCGCCUUCAUGGCAGCGUGGCGCACCCUCCGCAAGGACCAGCGGCGGGCCACGCUGGGAACCUGGAGGAGGCAGGAGGGAUGCUCUGGCCGGAUCCACGCCCUCCUGCAGGGCUGCGGCUGGCAGGAACGCGCCGAGUGGGAAUGGAGGCACCCGGUCACGGGCGUCAUUCUCACCCUGCGCAAGGGAAGCGAGCACUGGUCUGAGUGCAAAGGACGCCUCGAGCACGUGCUCCGGGAAGGCUGGCGCGCGAACCUCUUCGGGAGGUGGCGGGGGCAGAGCCGCAUCGACUCGUCUCUGUGCCGGUUCGAGCAGUACGACGAGCGGCGCUGCAAAGCCGCGAGGCUUCUGUCAGAGGGCAGCACGCACGCGGCCAGCGUGAUGUCCGGAGCUUUCGUCUCGGCGGCGCACCUGCAG